UCACUCUCUCUUUUUUAUUUAUUUUUAAUUGAACAAAUGGUGACAAAAUUGAUCCAACCGUGUGCUAGUCAAGGAUGCUGUGUUGUAGAAAAUGGAUUGGAUUUCCUGACUGCCGAUUCAGCUAAUAAAUUGAUCUUGUCAAAGAAAGCCAAUCCUACCGCUGUUAUUCAUGAAUUGUGUGACACCGUGUACCAAAUGCCAAAUAGUCUUGUCCGGCUUGCCACAGAUGUCUGGUCCCACGUAAAGAACGAACCCAAGAAACCUUCCUGGUGCAUACAGACCACGGUUGUCAUGGGAUUUUUACAAGCUUUUCGGGAUCAGUCGCAAACCAACAGCUUAGAAUUCUGGAGACUCAUGCUGAUUGCACCGAGCUUAAUUAAACCCAUCAUGUCUAGAACAGAAGCGGAAAUUAUCCCUAUCAAAACAAGAAACCUGUGUGGCAUUUUAAGCAAGAUGGAUUCGGAAGAGACAGGCUCUCGUACAUUGGAUGCUGAAUGGAUGUCUGCUAUUUCUACCUGGGAAAGAAUAUGCGGUUCCUCUUUGAAGACUCGAUUGGCUUUAGAUCCGCCUGUCUCGGAUGAAAAGAUAGUCAUGUAUAUCCACGGUGGCGCGUAUUGUACCAUGAGCGCACAAACACAUCGAACAUUGACCCAUAAAAUCAGUAAAGCUACCAAGCGAAGGGUUCUAGCUGUCAAUUACCGUUUAGCACCAGAAACUAGGUUUCCUGGGGCAUUGUUUGAUGUUGUGCAAAGUUUCCUUUAUUUGAUUGAUGGCAAUGACAAACACCGUUUCAAGCCAAGCAACAUUUUGGUCAUGGGUGACUCGGCAGGUGGAGGGCUUUGUCUGGCCAUGAUGCUUUAUUUGCGAGACCACGGCUUACCUCAACCCGAAGGAGCGGCACUAUUAUCACCAUGGGUUGACCUGACAUUCUCUUAUCCCAGUUGGAAGGAUGCCUCCCUGUACGACUACCUACCAUCGAAUCCAGCACAGUUGAAGUCAGUGAAUCCGGCACUGCUUUAUUUGGAUGACCAAGAGCUCAUUCGUCAUCCUUAUGUGUCUCCUAUUUUUGCAGACAAUUUCGAUAAUAUGCCUCCUAUCUUGAUCCAAUCCGGAGGCUGUGAAUCACUUCGGGAUGAGAUUUGUGAUUUAACUGACAAGAUCCAAAAAUCGAAAUGUACCAUGGUACACCAUGAAAUCUAUGAGGAUAUGGUUCAUGUUUUCCAGGCCUUUCCGUUCAAGAAGUCGAUGGAUGCAAUUGAAAGCAUUGGGUGGUGGUCUAAAGUGGGUAUUCCGCUGAUUACACAGUGGCAAUCUCGAUCUCAAGAACUAUCCAUAAACGACAUUCUGGAUUAAAAUCUACCCGAGCGUGCGCGGUAGUAGUCGAUCUUUCUCUCUUAUUAAGGAGUUGUUAUUUAAACACUUAUACGUAAUUCUAAAUUAAAAAAGAUUUUCGAUGGGUGGGGCCAUGUAAAAAAAUAAAAUAAAAAAAAUAAAAAAACGUGUUUAGAG